ACUCAGAAUUUCUCCAAAUCGAACAUUGUCUCUGCUUUUAAAAUUCAAUCUAAAAGGUUUGAAUUCCAAUUCUCAUCAUUUAACAACCUUCUUCAGAUUUCGGAAAGACGGCGAUGGAAAUCCUUCCGUUUUUGGAUCAAUCUUAGCUUGGUAAAUUGGUUAUGCUCGUGCUUUGAAUUCAUACUCCUAAAUCCGGCGGUCACCUUUUCGACUCAAAGUUAUAAUGUUGGUAACCGAACAAUUAUCUUCACUUUAGAUUCAAAUGCUUCGGGUUUUUUUGUCAAGAUUAUUGAGGAAUUUGUUAAUGGAUAUACUGUUAUUGUUGUUCCCGAGGGAAUAGGUAGAUUUGGAUUUAGGUUUUUCCUUGCUCAUCUUCAUAAGGCAGGUCUCAUGUUUAAGAGCUGCAAACGUCCUUCAUCUACUGUAGAAACAACUGUUUUUGGUUUUCAUGAGAGUAACCCUACUCUUGAACAAUUUGAAGCCCCUGCUUUGGGAAAUAAAUGUACAGAAGAGGGUAUUCAAACUCCUGCUGUUGAGGUAGAGGUUUCCAACAUAGCGGAGGCCAAUCCUACUGAUGACGGCAAGGUAAACUAUCCAAACUCUCUAGAGAGAGAGCAUGUGUCCAACUCUUUGCCAGUUUUGAAAGAAGAAGAUACUCAUGCAGGUUAUGAUGAUAUGGCCAUGACCAUUGCUGAAAGGGAACCACUAUAUGCUGCUAGUUCACCAGCUAUAGUCGGCAUUGGAUUAUCAAUGCACUUUUCCUCUUCUGCUCAAAAUAGGACAAGGGUUUUCCUUCCAAAGCAUACCUCAGGCCAAUCUAAGCCUACAAUUGGAUUGCUGCAUUCAUACAAUACUGCUGUUUCUACAGAUCCUAGGGGAGCAACUCUUGAGGUUCAGAACUUGGAGGUAUUAAGGGAUUGUUGUCCGAUUUCUAGUUCUCACACUGACCAAACUGCAUCAAGGAAUGAUCUCAGCUCAGUAAGCCAAUAUUCUUCAACAAAUAAUCAGGACAACUAUACGGUGACUCUAAAUGCUCUUGCAACUCCUUUCCAUCCAAACUUUAGGGAUAGCAUACGUGAUAUCCAUGAUAACCAGGGCAAAUCUCUGAAGGAGUUGAAAGCAAUGUCAAUUGAAAGGGAGUUGAAAGCAAUGCCAAAUUCAGAGAUGAAAAAGGUUGCCCCCCUAAGCAUUUUGGACUUGAAUUCAGCUUAUCAACAGCCCAUCAACCUCAUGGACAUGCCCCUAGGAAAUUUUGGAGAGGAAGAAAGGCACAGCUCAGACAAAGAUAAAUCAGACGAUAGCGACGAGCACAUUGAAGAAGACAAUAAUGGCGACCAUGCCUUGCUAAAAGAAGAAGCAGUUCUUUUCAGAAGCAAGGGCAAAGGGAAAAAACAAGCAUGGAAGAACAUUGAGGUCACCUUGGAUACCCAACCUUUGGGCAAAGGAAUCAAGAAGAAGAAGAAAAACAAAUAGUUCUUGUCAAUUCCUCUUCAUUACCAUAGUUAGAACUACUCACAUGCUGAAUUUACCCUGCCGUCGUCUUGUGCCUGCCUAAUCUUACAGAACUUCUUGGAGUCUUCGCGAUUUCUCCCCGGCCUUCUCGGUUGUGCCCUAGUGCGAAACUAAGCCCGUCUCUCCGAUUCGAACGUCUACUCUUGCUAGCGCGCUAGGGUUAGGGAACCCUCAAAUCUCAAACCUCUCUUCUUAGCUUUGGCUCGCAGAGAGGGAAUGAGAGAAAUGGCCGGCCCGGCCCCCCUUCAGCAUGUCAGUAGACUUUACGGAGCCAAACUCGUUUCUUACAACUCGGAUGUAAUGAACCGUUUCUUAGUUU